CUGCCUGCACCCGCCAAGGAAAGAUGGGGAUGGAAUGUAUUCCUUAAAUAUGUGGGGCUUUGCCGCUGCGCGUGAAAUGGACACUUUCCAGCGGUUUCUUCCCUUUCCAAUUCUCAGUCUCUUCCAAUUCGGAAACGUGGCGUGUAACGCGCCCGGCAAAGAGAGAAAUUGAGCAUGGCUCUUCUACGAAAUGGCGCCGCUAUUGUGGCGUUAUGGGCUAUCACCGUGCUGCCCCGUGUGAAUGCUCAGGGAAAGACGCCAUAUGAUUAUGUCGACCCGCUUAUUGGAACGAUCAAUGGAGGUCAUGUUUUCCCGGGUGCAACACUGCCAUUUGGUAUGGCAAAGGCUGGGCCAGAUGUCUAUGGCGAGAAUCAGGGCGGAUUUGCGUCGGAUGACAGUCCCAUCUGGGGGUACUCGCAUAUGCAUGAUUCUGGCACUGGAGGCUCUGCGUCGCUAGGAAACUUCCCCAUUUUUGCGCAUGCGGGUUGUCCGAAUGAUGACAUUAACGCUUGCGGGUACACGAGCUGGGAGAGGAUGAUUCCGCGCGUCCAAGGAUCCGUGGUAGCACGGCCGGGGUACUUUGCAAUCACGCUGGAGAACCAAGUCCGCGCGGAGAUGACGGUGACGAACAAGACUGCGCUGUACCGAUUCACGUUUCCAGAGGUGCCGACGACGCCGAAUACGACAUUGAGCCCGCUGAUCCUUCUUGAGCUUUCUGACUUGCCAAAGACCAGGACUGAUGGAAACAUCACGGUCAUGACGUCUGGAGAUACUGGCCGCAUGACUGGACAUGGGCGGUUCGAACCGAGCUUCGGCCAGGGUAAGUAUCAAUCGUACUUCUGCGCCGAUUUCAUAGGAGCUCCGAUGAAGGAUGCAGGUGUGUUUCUCAACUCUAGAGCCGGGUUUACGAAGACGAUCAGUGUGUUUUCGGAAGGCAAUAGGGCGAGUAGGCGACCGGCCGGCGGAUGGAUCAAGUUUGGAAAGCCUGAUAGAAACAACCAGAUACUCGUCCGAGUGGGCAUGAGCUUCAAGAGUGAAGAGCAGGCGUGCGCGAACGCGAAGAAAGAAAUCCCAAACAGCAACUUCGAUAGCGUCGUGAAAUCUGCCGAGGACGCCUGGAAAGAAAAGCUAUCCGUGAUCACGAUAAAACCGGGUGGUGCUAGCGAGGUAAUUCAAAAAGCGUUCUGGAGUGGCGUGUACAGGACGAUGAUUAGUCCACAAGACUACACUGGCGAGAAUCCGUUCUGGGACUCUGGAGAACCUUACUAUGAUUCGUUCUACUGUAUCUGGGAUUCGUUUAGAAGUAUACAUCCUCUACUUACACUGCUGGAUCCGCAUAGUCAGACUCUCAUGGUUCGGAGUUUGCUCGAUAUCUACCAGCAUGAAGGGAAGUUGCCAGAUUGUAGAAUGAGUUUCUGUAAAGGGUUCACACAGGGAGGCUCCAACGCCGAUGUGGUCAUUGCAGAUGCCUACUUCAAAAACAUAUCUGCUGGUGUUGAUUGGAAAGUAGCGUACGAGGCGCUCAUUUCUGAUGCCGAAGUUGAACCCUUGAAUUGGGAUAUCGAAGGUCGCGGCGGUCUCGAAUCGUGGAAGUCAUUAGGCUACAUUCCAACCGAGAACUACGACACCCUCGGUGUAGGCACUGAAACACGCUCGAUCUCUCGUACCGUCGAAUACGCGUACAAUGAUUUCGUCAUUGCCCUUCUAGCCCGCGAGUUCGGGCACAUGGACGACUAUCGCAAAUACCUGGGUCGCUCUGGGAACUGGAAGAACAUGUACAAGGCGGAUCAGCGCAGUGCCAUCAACGGUGUAGACACUGGCUUUGUCGGUUUCCUACAGCCCAAGUACAUGAACGGCACAUGGGGCUACCAAGACCCCAUAUUCUGCUCACCAUUGCUCUCAUUCGACCAAUGCUAUCUGAACCCAAGCGGCCACGAAACAUACGAGGGUAGUUGCUGGAUGUACACAUUCUACGUUCCCGGCGACAUGGCGACGCUCGUCCAGACACUCGGCGGCCCCCGCGAAUUCGUCCGCCGACUCGACUUCCUGCACGAGUCCGGCGUCCUGUACAUUGGCGACGAACAAGCCUUUCUCAAAGUCUUCCUGUACCACUACGCCGGGCGCCCAGCGAAGUCCGCCGAGCGAGCGCACUUCUACAUCCCAAGCCAGUUCAACGACACGCUGGGCGGCAUCCCGGGCAACGACGACAGCGGCGCCAUGGGCUCCUUUGCAGCGCUCACCAUGAUGGGAAUCUUCCCCAAUGCAGGCCAGGACGUCUACUUCAUCACCCCGCCCUUCUUUGAAUCCGUCUCGAUACGAAACGGACAGAGCGGCAAGACAGCGACGAUCAAAAACAUCAAUUUCGAUCCGACGGGUAAGAAUGUGUACAUCCAGAGCGCGACGCUCGACGGAAAGCCGUACACACGGAACUGGCUACAGCAUAAGUUCUUCCUGGAUGGCGGGACCCUGGAGUUGACUCUGGGGUCGAAUGAGUCUACGUGGGGAACCAGGCCUGAGGACUUGCCGCCGAGUUUAGGUCCUUUUGGUAAUGGCACAACGCCAGGUGUUAAUGCGAGCGCGGUGGGUAAGGACAAGAGGUGGCAUAUGCCGAAGCUGGAUCUGUCGCUUUCGGGUUCUUGGGGUAUGGCAGUGUAGUGGGUUUGUAGAUAGGUUAUGGUAGAGCCCCUCCUAUAGUCGACGGGCUGGAGAUGUAAUAUGAUCAGAUUGUUUCGUCAAA